AUGCCCAGAACACGUGGAAUGCGAUCGUGCGAUAAUCACUGUGAUUCCGUCCCGUAUACUAUGGGAACGGCUGAAAAUUCCCAUCACAUUAAUUUUGUCGAAGUUCUAUCUCUGCCAUUUUCAUUUGUUAUGUUUCUCAUCAUAUUUGUUAUUCUCCUUAACGUUACCCAGACACCAGUACUUAAGGAUACUGCACAGUGCGUGAAUCUCAUUCGCCUUGGUGACAAUCUAGAAGAAAGCGGCGGUCCACCAACCCCGCUAGUCGGUGGAACUGAGGCAGCGUAUCAAGAAACUGACGAAGUUGGAAAGCAUCUUGGAAAAUAUAGAGAUCAGAGUAUAGAUUACGAGUGUGAUCGUGCCCCCUUAGUUCCCUCUAAUCAUCCUGAAGAAACAUUAGUACUUGAGGAUACUGCACAGUGCGUGGUUCUCGUUCGCCUGGGUGACAAUCUACAAGAACGCGGUGGUUCACUAGCCCCGCUAGUCGAACAAUAUCGAGGCUUGCCAAGGAAAGAGGAGGAAUUUGAUUUGAUGCAUAGCAUCAAAGACCUUCAACCCAUUUUCAAGUCUUCAAUAAAGACGAGUUUGUUGAAACGGCAGAACAACCUUCGUCGGUGGCCUGAGGAAGUCGUACUACAAUUCUUUCCUCUUGGUAAAAAGCAUUGCCCAGUCGCUGGUCCUGGAAAAGAGUGUUCGAACCUAGGAGUUUGGUACUACGAGUGCUGUGGCACACUUUACACGGAUUGCUGUGGAAAGCUAUCGAUUGCUGGAUGGAUCCUUAUUGGUGCGCUUGCGGUGAUAGUCAUACUUAUCAUCGUUGGACUUGUGUGCAGAAAAAAAUAG